CAUUACACCCUUCUCUGAGAAGCCAAAAAGCCAAAGUAGUAGUAGUAGUAGUGUAGAAGAAGAUUCAAGAAGUAGAAGAAGAUCAAACGCUUUGGUUUUGCUUUUUCUCCCAAGCUACUAGUGAUCAUUUCUCUCUCCUCAACCUUGGAAAUUACUUUGAUGCUGUCGCCAUUAAAGCGUUCACGUCCCCAUUUCCUUCUCGUGGAAAAGUAUUCUCCAAAAGCUCGAUUUGCCCCCUAUAUAAACCCCUUCGACUAUACUCAUCUCUGUGUACCAUUUGUUUUCGUAUUUGGUGACUAUGAUGAUGAAGUUUAUGACGCGAAAGAUGAAGAUGGUAGUGAUAUUUUUUAUGCAUCUGUUUAUGUUUCUUCAAUGUAGUGUUUUGACGAAUGCAAUCUUGGAUCCUAUUGAUUUCUUGGCUCUGCAAUCCAUUCGAAAAGCUUUGGAUGACAUGCCUGGUUCCAAUUACUUUUCUUCUUGGGAUUUCACCUCCGAUCCUUGCAACUUCGCCGGCGUAUAUUGUAAUGGCGACAAAGUCAUCGCUUUGAAUCUUGGUGAUCCGAGGGCCGGUUCGCCUGGUCUCACAGGCCGGAUCGAUCCUGCGAUUGGAAAACUCUCCGCUCUUGCGGAGUUCACUGUCGUUCCUGGUCGGAUCAUUGGUUCACUGCCCCAAACUCUGUCUCAGUUGAAGAACCUCAGAUUUUUGGGACUUAGCCGUAACUUCAUCUCCGGCGACAUUCCAGCAACCCUUGGUCAGGUUCGUGGGCUAAGAACCCUCGAUCUCAGCUACAAUCAGCUCACCGGAAGUAUUCCGGCAUCCGUCGGAACCCUACCGGCGCUGUCCAACGUCAUUCUAUGUCAGAACCGUCUCUCCGGUUCGGUCCCUCCAUUUGUAUCACAAACCCUAACUCGGCUUGACCUCAAGAACAACGAUCUUUCCGGUUCGCUCUCACCGAUUUCACUUCCUCCCUCUCUCCAAUACCUCUCAUUGUCCUGGAAUCAAUUAACCGGCCCAGUAGACCGGCUUUUAUGCGAACUAAAUCGGUUGAACUAUUUAGACCUGAGCAUGAACAGGUUCACGGGUACCAUUCCGGGCAAUAUAUUUACCUUCCCAAUCACAAACCUUCAACUACAGAGAAAUACAUUUUCGGGACCGGUUCAACCGGUUGAUGAGGUCACAAUCCCGGUCGUUGAUCUCAGUUACAACCGUUUAUCCGGGGAAGUGUCUCCAAAGUUCGCGACCGUACAGAAUCUUUACUUAAACAACAACCGGUUCACCGGGCAGGUCCCGGGCAGUUUAGUGGACCGUUUGUUAGCUGCUAGUAUACAGAUAUUGUAUUUACAGCACAACUUUUUAACUGGGAUGGAGAUCAAUCCAACGGCUGCGAUUCCACUGAGCAGUUCGUUGUGUUUGCAGUACAAUUGUAUGGUCCCACCGGUACAGAUGAGUUGCCCACUGAAGGCUGGGAAGCAGAAGAGCAGGCCUACUACGCAAUGUGUUGAGUGGAAGGGGUAAAAUAGGGAACUCAAGUUUACAGCGAGGGCAUAAAGGGAAGAAACUUUAAGUUACAGGUUUUUUUUUUGUCAUGAUAUAUUUUGGGAGAAACUAGAUUCAUUUAUUAAUUGUUAUGUUAUUAUGGGGUAAUUAAUAAAAUAGAAUUGUGGAUAUUGUUUGGUACUUUGAUUUUGAGAGAGAGAGAGAAAAGCACAAGCAUGUGUUGCGGGGGUCCAAUCCAAUUACAUGAGUUUUACUUUACAAUAACAUUCCUCCCUUAUUUGUAGAUAGAUGAGGACUUGAGAACUUGG